AUGAGGGUUGUACAUGCCCUUAACAGUGUUCCCCAUAUACNUACCUGCAAGCCUGUCACUACAUUUGUCCAAACCGACACCAACACUUUCAGAGAAAUUGUGCAGCGAUUGACAGGUCCAUCAGAGAACAACUCUGCAGUAGCGCCACCAGAAGCAACAGUGAUAAAAACCGUCAUACAAAAGAAGCCAACUUCAAAGCUCCAUGAGAGAAGGCAAUGCAUGAGGCCAAAGCUUGAAAUUGUCAAACCUCCUCUAAGCUUUAAGCCCACUGAAGGGGAGAAAGCCGAACCAGAUAGUUGUACAACAAACAUUGAAGAAGAGGAGAAAGCCAUUAAAGAAAGACGCUUUUACUUGCAUCCAUCGCCAAGGUCUAAACCAGGGUAUACAGAACCAGAACUGCUUCCUUUGUUUCCUUUAACUUCUCCCAAUUCAAGUGGCAAACCAUAAACCUGGCAGAUUAAUCAUAAGCUUGAUUUCUGCCUACAUUCCCAAAGAUUAUGUACAUGUAGCGUUCUCACUCAAGAAUUGUCUCUGUAAUCUAUGUGCAAUGUCCUUGUGUACACCAUCAUGAUCUAGCUUUGCAAUGUUUUAUGA